AUGUCAGACUCAGAAGCAUCGAGAGCUAGUCAAAGUGAUGAUGAGGUCAACGAUCUAUUCGGAGAAGAUGAGGAUGUUGAGUUGAACGAGUCCAGCGGAAACACUGGUGCCAAUAACGAAAAUGACGGAGGUAAUGCAUUGAAUGACGAUAAUGACGACGAGGAGGAAGAGGAGGAAGACACGAAACUGCUUCAAGCUGUUGAUAUCACCAUCCCACGUCACGCGGCGUCUCACAAACCCGACGACGAAACAUACAUGCUCAAGCUACCUGUAUUUCUCAAUGUGGACGCUCAUCCAUUCGAUCCAAAUGAUUUCAAGGAGAAGCUUGAAAAGACCGCAGCAGAAAGAGAGAAGAGCAACUUAAAUGCCAAAGAAAUGAAAAAUGAUACGAUAGCUGAAAAGUUGUUGAAUGAGAACACCAUUCGUUGGAGGUACUCCAACAGCGGAAAUGAUGAGAUCAUCAAACAGUCCAACGCGCACUUUGUGCAGUGGAGCGAUGGCCUGACAUCCUUGAAAAUUGGCCAAGAGCUUUUCGAUUUCAGACCACUUCCUAUCACGGACCAAUUUCUUGCACGCAGUUAUGUGGAACAUGAGAUCCUUCAGAACGACUCUGCUUUCACAAAGACUGCCAGUCUUUUACCAACUUCCACAUCCACAGAUACUCACAGAAAAUUGACCCAGGCGGUUAAGAACAUACAAAAGAAGGAGAAGAUUCUCAGUGCGUUAACACACGAUGACCCAAUGUUGAAGCAGCGGAAGGCUGACGAAGAUGAAAGAAAGACCCUCAAGAUGAAAAGACAACUUGAGCAAAGAAGAAGACUACAGGAGGAGCGUCUCGGCAAGUCCGAUACCCCGUCUAUUCGUGGCGAUAGUUACUCCAGCUACAACAGACCUGAGAGAUCUUAUGCUUAUGAUGACUACGAUGAGGACGACGGAUUUGUCGCCAACGAUGAUGAGGAGCAAGAGGAAGAACUUUCGGAUGAUGAGUUGGAGGCUGCUGAGGAAGAGUUUGAGAAGGGAGCCGAGAGACUCAAGAACUUAAAACAGCAGGGCGACUCCAAGUACAGAGCCUCUCCCGCCGCUGAUGAUAGCGAGGACAGAAGAAAACGGAGAAGAAUCAUUGAUUCCGACGAAGAGGACGAGUAA